AUGGAUAAAUCUUGGAUGCAUAUUGAAGAUAGAUUGCAUUCCAUUGAGUAUGCUGAAGGGGUUAGACAAUUCAUCUCUAUGGCCAUUUCCCACACUGCUAAUCCUGAUCAGAUUAGGUGUCCAUGUAGAAGAUGUCGGAAUAGAGCUUUCCACUCCAAUCGUACAAUUGAGGAUCAUUUGUUCUUUAGAGGGAUUGAUCCAACUUAUACUCCAUGGAUAUUCCAUGGAGAAGAUGAUCCAUUCCUUUCUGCCACUUUUUCUGACGAAGACGAAGAUGAUAUGUUGGCUCAUAGUGAUUAUAUUGAUGAUCUCGAUGAGCUUUUAGAUGACAUCCGUCAUGGGUCGUCUAUGGAAAAUCAUAUCAUAAAUGACAGAUCAUCUUAUGCACAUGAUCAACCCUCUGCCUCUAAUGCUCCUGUCAACUCUAAUUUCGAGGACUUGGUAGCUGAUGCACGACGUCCACUCUAUCCUACAUGUACUAAGUUCUCAAAGCUAUCAUUCAUCGUCAAGUUGCUUCACAUCAAGAGCAUCGCUGGGUGGAUGGUGAAGUCCUUUGAUAUGGUCAUAAAGCUCUUGCAUGAGGCGUUUCCUGAUACCUCAUUCCCUGACUCAUAUAAUGAUGCCCGUCGCUUGGAGCGGGGAUUGGGCUUUAGUUACGAAAAGAUUCAUGUGUGCCCAAAUGAUUGCAUCUUGUUUUGGAAGGAAAAUGCAUCGUUCAAUGAAUGCCCCAAGUGUAAGGCAUCUAGGUGGGAGCAAAGCACAAUUCAGGGACGAAGGAUACCACAAAAAACCAUACAACAUUUGGCCAGUACUGCUUGUGCCGUACAACUUGCCCCCUGGGCCUGCAUGAAAGAACCAUACACCAUGCUGUCAUUGUUAAUACCUGGCCCUAAGUCACCCGGUAAUGACAUUGAUGUCUUCUUGCAUCCGUUACUCGAUAAAUUGAAGGAGUUAUGGGAAGAGGGUAUUCAUACCUAUGAUGCAUACAGUGGGGAACACUUUAUGUUGCAUGCAGCGCUACUGUGGACAAUCAAUGACUUCCCCGCAUAUGCCAAUAUUUCUGGGUGGAGUACAAAGGGCAAGAUGGCAUACCCCCAUUGCACAUCUGACACAAAUUCACAAUGGUUGGUAUAUGGCUGCAAGCAUUACUAUAUGGGUCAUCGACGAUGGUUGGCCCCAGAUCACAGUUGGAGACAGAAAAAGAAUGCUUUUAAUGGACAUGAAGAGCACCAACUCCAACCAUCAAGGGUCGAGGGAGAAGAAUUGCAUCAAUAA